ACUGGUAGGGUGAAAAUAGUAAAAUUAGCAUUGCGAACUAUGGAAGCCGACUCCCAUGCUUAAAACAAAGAAGGAUCUCUGGUGCGGGAAAGUCUUGUAUCAUCGAUUCAUCGAAAUCAGAGAGCGAGAGAGCACCCUUUUGGCACCAGACGAAAGUCAAAGAUGGAUGAGCGCAACUCUCAACCUGGGCAGAUUAUAGAAAUCAGUAUAGAUGUUCCUACUGGAGAGACAAGCACCGGAGGGAGUAAAUUUUGUGGAGAAGUACCUUGUGGACUCUCGGAUACUGGAUCCAAAUCUAAGGAUGCUAGAGAAAGAUCAGCUUCGAUGCGCAAGCUUUUAAUUGCAGUGGUACUUUGUGUUGUCUUCAUGAGUGUUGAAGUAGUUGGUGGCAUCAAAGCCAAUAGUCUCGCAAUCUUGACUGAUGCAGCACAUUUGCUUUCAGAUGUUGCAUCUUUUGCCAUCUCAUUGUUCUCCAUUUGGGCUGCCGGCUGGGAAGCCACUCCCCGUCAGUCCUAUGGAUUUUUUAGGGUUGAGAUUCUUGGUGCUUUGGUUUCUAUCCAACUCAUAUGGUUGCUUGCAGGGGUUUUGGUAUAUGAAGCCAUUGUUAGACUGAUUCACAAAACAGGCGAGGUAAAUGGAAUUUUAAUGUUUAUUGUUGCUGCAUUUGGUCUUGUGGUUAAUAUCAUCAUGGCUGUCUUAUUGGGCCAUGAUCAUGGCCAUGGACAUGGACAUGAUGAACAUGGUCAUGGUAUAAGCCACAGCCACGGAAUGACAAUUUCUGCUCAUCAUCAUCAUCAUGAUGAUGAGCACCCACAUCAUCAUGAUGAUGAGCACCCAGAAGAUGAUCAUUGUCAUAGUCAUGAAGAUCCUGCAGACCAUCACGGUCAUGGAGAUCAUGCAGACCAUCACAGUCUUCAAGAUCAUGCACACCAUCAUGACGAUCUUGUUGAACCACUGCUAGAUAAACCAACAAAUGGAUCCGAACAGAAGAAGAAAAAGAACAUAAAUGUCCAGGGAGCUUAUCUCCAUGUACUCGGGGACUCUAUCCAGAGUAUUGGGGUAAUGAUUGGAGGGGCAAUUAUAUGGUAUAAGCCUGAGUGGAAGAUAGUUGACCCGAUUUGCACCCUUAUUUUUUCGGUAAUUGUUUUAGGGACUACUAUCAGAAUGCUCCGGAACAUACUUGAAGUUCUGAUGGAGAGCACACCAAGAGAGAUAGAUGCAACAAAGCUCGAAAAGGGGUUAUUAGAAAUGAAGGAAGUGGUGGCCAUUCAUGAGCUCCAUAUAUGGGCUAUCACGGUAGGGAAGAUCCUGCUGGCUUGCCAUGUCAAAAUCAUGCCAGAAGCAAAUGCAGACAUGGUGCUGGACAAUGUGCUAAAUUAUAUCAAAAGGGAGUACAACAUCAGCCAUAUAACUAUACAGAUAGAGCGGUAGGUGGCCGUUCGCAUGGAAAAUAAUUAGUGGAAAAAUUAGAUUUCUAUAGUUAUCAAUGAUUGCAGUGGGCUCUUCCUAGCAGUAGGUGUUGCAGUCUACUUAUAAAGGAAUAUCUUCAGAGUUAGCAGCAGACUCUCUCUCUCUCUCUCUCUCUCUCUCUCUCUCUCUAAGAUGAAAAUGUUUGAGCACAAUUCCUCAAUAUAUGGUGGAUUUAUAGUUGUCUACUAAGUAAUCUUUGCAUAUUUAGUUUCUUUUAA